CUUUUGCAUACCCGGUCUCGCCUGUCUCGAGUGGAGAGUGGGCACAUUCCGCCUUGGAUCGUCAAGAAAGACAGUCGCACUCUUCUGUCAGGCGCCGGAGGAGGUCUUCGAAACGUUUUGAAUUUCGCUUCCCAUCAGAAUCUUAGAAGAUGGCCUACGACAACGGUUUCAUGUGUCGCCUCUUCAGCGUGAAGCACCGUGAAUACUUGUACGCUGCGAGCCAGGAUCCUUUCGACGAAGACAGGAGAAGCAUAUUCACGUGGAAGGCCGGCGAUUCCGAUUCCAUGUGCAACUGGAAGUUGAUCCCAGCAACACAUGAUUACGGCACGGAGCGGAAGUUCUACGUCUACAAUGAUCACCAGAAGGAAUACCUAUACGCGGCCUCCCAGUCCCCGUAUGACGGUGAGCGGCGCCAUGUUUUCACCUGGCGGAGGAACCAGGAGCGAGACGACAUGAUGUUGUGGCGCCUUGAACCAACCUCGAAGCCAGGUGUAUUCGCGUUGUACAACCCGUACCAGAAAGAAUACCUGUACGCAGCUGAUUUCGAUUAUGACAGUCAACGUCGCAGGGUGUUCACAUGGAGGCCUGGCGUCCGCUGCGGUAGCCAAGGACACUGGAGAGUUGAAUGGCUGGGACAGAAUCCGUUGAACUAGAUGUCAGGGCACGAAAAUUGGCCUUCCGUCAUGUUACAGUCAAUAGAGAGGUUACGUUGCGACGGUGAGAGUUUCGUCGUAUAGCGGCGGAACCUUUCUAUUGACAGAAACGUGAAGGGGCGUUGGAUCAUGCACUAGGACCCCACUAUGUGAUAUUCAAGUAAAUUGGAGGUUUUGUAUGACACGUGUCUUGAUCAUGACUUUCAUGAGCCCAAUGAACGAGAUCUUACAGGGAGCUUUAGGCAGGAACCAUGACUAAUCUUAAGGUGACUGAUAUAAACAUCUAUACACGCAGUAAUACACAGUAAGGGCACUGGGUCAUGUUUGAUUCAGCACUAUAUUCCUCGUACAAGCGCGAAUAGUUGCAACGUACUGUUAGAUAAGAGAGACCCCUAUUGGCCAGUGCAUGUUACUUUAUCUUGCCUAUCACUAGCUGCCUCUGAGACCCUUUAAACUGAUACUGUGAGUGGCACAGAAGUAAUUUGUAAACAAUGUGAAAAUUCUAUUGAAUGUGUAAAGAUUCCUUAUCACACAAGAUCUUUAUUAAAAUUGUGAAUCGGAAUAGCUGAUUA